AUGGCGGCCCCAGGAACCCCUGCGCCACCCGCCCCAGUCGCGCCUGGGGAUCUCUCCGAGGGAGGGAGCCGGGGACCUCCUGACCCCCUGCCAGAGCCCAAGCAACUCCCAGAGCUGAUCCGCCUGAAGCGAGACGGAGGCCGCCUGAGCGAGGGGGACAUCAGGGAUUUCGUGCGCGCUGUGGUGGAUGGGACCGCGCAGGGCGCUCAGAUCGGGGCCAUGCUCAUGGCCAUCAGACUGCAGGGCAUGGAUCUGGAGGAGACCUCAGCACUGACCCAGGCCCUGGCCAAGUCCGGGCAGCAGCUGGAGUGGCCAGAGGCCUGGCAUCCACAGCUCGUGGACAAACAUUCCACAGGUGGUGUGGGUGACAAGGUUAGCCUGGUCCUGGCCCCUGCCCUGGCUGCCUGUGGCUGCAAGGUACCAAUGAUCAGCGGACGUGGCCUGGGGCACACAGGGGGCACCUUGGAUAAGCUGGAGUCUAUUCCUGGAUUCAGUGUCAUCCAAAGCCCAGAACAGAUGCAAGUGCUGCUGGAGCAAGUGGGCUGCUGUAUUGUGGGUCAGAGUGAGAAGCUGGUUCCUGCAGAUGGAAUUCUGUAUGCAGCAAGAGACGUGACAGCCACCGUGGACAGCCUGCCUCUCAUCACAGCCUCCAUCCUCAGUAAGAAGGUGGUGGAGGGACUGUCAGCUCUGGUGGUGGACGUUAAGUUUGGAGGAGCCGCAGUCUUCCCCAACCAGGAGCAGGCCCGGGAGCUGGCCAGGGCGCUGGUGGGCGUGGGGGCGGGCCUGGGGCUUCGGGUCGCGGCGGCCCUGACCGCCAUGGACAACCCCCUGGGCCGCAAUGUGGGCCACACCCUGGAAGUAGAAGAGGCGCUGCUCUGUAUGGACGGCGCCGGGCCCCCAGACCUGCGCGAUCUGGUCACUAGACUCGGGGGCGCCCUGCUCUGGCUCAGCGGACAGACGCAGAAGAGGUCCAAUCCGCGACCCCCCCUCGAGGCCGGCCUGGAGCGAGGCCGCCCGGCCGAGGGGAAGCACGCGCUCUCGAGUCUGGGGAGCAGUCCCGGAGAGACGCGCUCUUGCCGGCAGAAGAGGUCCAAUCCGCGACCCCCCCUCGAGGCCGGCCUGGAGCGAGGCCGCCCGGCCGAGGUGAAGCACGCGCUCGGGCCGGAAGCAGAGCCGCGCGCGGGAUCCGGCCGGUCGCACUGA